AUGGAUCCUCGGAAGGUGCUGGAUGGGGAAGGGAGGCAAAGACUGUCGGCGUCGUGGACUGAAGAAGUCAGAAAGGCGAUGAGUGAGCUCCCAAGAGGGAAAGCACCUGGGGCGUACGGGCUGCUGAAAGAGGUGUUGGAGGAUAAUUGGAACCUGCUGGGGACGGCAGUGAUGGACUUUAUGAAAGAUUUUGAGAGGUCGACGCGUUUGCCGAGUAACUUCUCAACGGCAGUAACGAUCCUGCUGCAUAAGAAAGGGGAAAGGACGGAUUUGGGGAACUACCGGCCAAUCACCGUACUCUGUGCGGUCUACAAAAUUGUGGCAAAGCUGCUAGCGAACAGAAUGAAAACGGUGUUAACCCAAGUGGCAUCGGAAAACCAGUUUGGCUUCGUCCCGGGUCGACGUCUCGCGGAUGUGGUCAAGGUGAUGGCGGAUACAAUAGAUGCAGAGGUCACGGGGAAGGAGGAUUGGUACUUGCUGCUUGUGAACUUUCAGAAAGCUUACGAUUCAGGGUCAAGAAGUUUUAUUUUCCGCACGCUAGAGCGUAUGCGUAUCCCGGAGUGCUUCAUCAGAUGGACCAAGGGGCUGCACGAUCAGGCGCCGACGCAGCUGUAA